CAUACACUAACUAUACUACCAUUGCGGAGAAAGACCUGCAGGGUCCCAGCCCAACGGAUGGCUCCGAAGGGGAACCCGACUUGCCCCGGUGCCAGAAGCCGAAGCCGGCCUGCGUCUGCCGAGCCCGAGGCAUCGUCACGCGUAUUCCAAGUCAUACAUGUAGAAGUCACUUGCCCACCUUGACUCGUUUUCCUACGGUAAAUACUCGCAAACACACCACCAUGUUUAGUCUAAGCACCAGACGGUCCGCCGUCGCCCGCUCCAAACACCUCUCCAGCACCACCACUCUCCUCAACCGCACAACAACACCGCCUCCCGCCCAAUCCUUACUCGCAUAUCGAGACUUCCACGCCAGUCGCCGCAAUGCAGCCUUCAGUCCCACCUGGAUGCCCAAGCGCGUCAAGACCCCGUGGAUCGACGCCUUGACCCAGAGUCGCGAGGCGGCGCAGCAGAAGCACGGUGAUGCGCCCGCCGCGGCGGUGCAACCGGAUCUGACGCCGAGGAGGAUGGCGGAUAGUCAUUUCAAGGCUGUACGUAUCAUCAGCUGGCAGAUAGCCCAGUUCUGUGGGCGGGAGUCAAGUCAUACUAUGACUCGGAGCUGAUUUUCUCUUUGAUGGCGUAGAUUCUGCCGCUGGCGCAGGAUAAGUGGUUGCUGGAUACUUAUCUGAACGCUUCGGGGCAUAUUCGGUAAGUGAAUCACUGAUUCAAGA